UUAGUAAUAAAAACUCGAAUAUAAUAUAAUGUCGCUUUCGAAACGUCGCGAGAAAUCGAAUAAACCCACACGCUGGGAUCGCAUCAGGAAGCGACAAUUGAAUGUAAAUCCGCUUGCGCUGAAAACUGAAGCAGUGCGUCGUUUCAUUGAGGUGGACUAUGUGGAUGCUCAACAGACGCGUCUGCUUAUAGAUGGUGAGGCCAGUAAGCAGCUAAAUCCAAGUGUUAUCAUGGAUAUACGACAUGAGCUGUUUGCACAGAUACCACGCAAGCUGCCACUGGCAACGGUGGCGCAUGCAAGCACCUUGGAGUUAACCAAAGCACAUAAUCUGGAGGUGGAACAGCGCUAUGUACACCAUCAGCUGCAAAAAUUCCGCCAGCAGCUAGCCAGGCAGCAUCCGCGUCCAGCUGCCAUUAGCUUGCGUCCAAGCAAGCCCGACUUUAAACUUAACCAUGGGCCACUGAUGCAGAGUAUAAGUCAGGCGGCCCAGCACAUUGAGGAUUUUUACAAAGCGCCAGUGGAGGCCCUAAAUAAAGGCUCUAAGCUCUUUGCAGCACAAAGGCAAAUGGCCAGUAACACGCUGCUGGAGCAGCUACAAUGCCAACCAGUAGCUGAAGCUGAAGCGGAGGUGGAGCUAGAGCCCGAGGUAAACUGGUUGCCAGAGCAUCAUCAUCAGCAGCAACAGCAGCAGCAUCUGGGCGAGCUGGAUUCGCUGGAGUAUCGUAAAUUUGUUAAGCAGCUGCAGCUGGAUAAAAGCAAAUCUCAAUUGGAGCAACGCCUACGCACGCCAAGUCCACUUACCAAUACGGAGGAGUUUCUACGUCCCAUGCGUGCCGCCGCUGAGCGACAAAUGCUACACUUGCGCACAGUGCGACGCGAAGAAGAGCUGCUGGAGCAGCAGAAGCAACAAGAUGCAGUGGAGCCAGCAGCAUCACUACCAUUGCAACGUGAAAAUUCCAGCUGCUCCAAUACCAGUGAUGGCAUUGACUCUGUAAUCUCUGAUCUAGCCGAGGAGGCGCUGUACGAGCUGCAAAUGGAGGCAGCGGAGCAGCAACUGGACUUAAAGCAGACUCUGCCAGCUACCAAACAUGUGCAGUUUCAGCUUCCGCUGGCCACAACAGAAGCAGAGCCAACGCCCGAGACUCAGAUUGAGUCGGAGAAAGAGCCACUCAUCAUACGCCGCCUAGAGCUUCCCAAGGUGUUGGUCGUCCCCAAGCAGCCUCUGCCAUCCAGUCCCACGCCCAACAGCAGCAGCAGCAGCAGCAACGACGAAGACGAACCUACUGCGGCUGUUGCGCCCGAAAAGCAACGCAUCAUUGAAAAACUCUUUCAGGCGCGUAGCAACUGCCAGCAAACUCUUAUGCGCAAGUAUUUUCUCAAGUGGCUGCACUACACCACACUGGAGCGGGUUGAGCGGGAGCCAGGCACAAGCCACAACAAUCGUGCGCAAAAGAUCACUGCGUUUCUCGAUAAGAUUCGAGUGGAGAAGCGACGACAGCAUGUGGAGUUAAAACAGCCAGGCAAAGAGCAGACGCAAGAGCAGCGACAGGAUACGAUCAAAAUGACCAAACAAUUUAAGAACAAACUCAAAGUGCAGCAGGACAUCAUCGAACUGCAGCGCAUCAAAUUGGAGCGACAGGAGCGUCUAAUUAUGCAAUUAAAGCUGCACAAGCUGAGCGACGAGGCCAAGGAGGCGCGUGAAGAUCUCAAGCAGGAGCUUAAAACCGUCAUACGCUGUGGUGAUCCCAAAGCGAAGGCCAAGGCUAGAUGUCUUCAACUCAUUGGCAGUCUACGCGAUGCGGAGGAUGAGGAGCUGGAGCGACUACAGGGCCGCAGCAAGGCGCUGAUGCAGCCACGCUUCCUGCAACAUAUGCAGGAGCGUGCGCUCGAACGUGGCGUGCGACAUGAGCAAGCGCGUCAGCGACGCGAACAGGCGGAGGCGGAGCGCGAGGCUGCCAAGUUGGCGCUUGAAGAGGCCAAGCGCCAGGAGGAUGAGGAAGCCAAGCGUCUACGCAUGGAGGUGCUUAAGGAGCGACGCCGUCAGGAGAAAAUGGCCAGAGUUCUAAAGGAGCGCGAGCGUCAGCGAUUUAUGGAGAACAAGCGAAAGGCGCUGGAGUUUUGUCGCCUGCUGUUGCUGCGUCGCGUCGGAAUGGAAGCCUUCAAGCGUCUGGUCCAGCGGAAGCGUGAUAAUCAGUUGAAGUGCGAGCAGUUCCGCCGACAGCUUUACAAGCGUCGCAGUUUUAUCGCCUGGCGCGACUACGCCGCCUAUCGACAGCGGGAAAAAUGCAUACGCGCUAAUCUCUGCUUUGAGCGGGCAUUGAAGCGCCGGGCACUGCACGCUUGGAUUAACUAUGUGCAGCUGGAGCGUAGCAAGCUUCUAGUGGCCAUUGACUGGCAUGCACUGCGCUGCAUGGAGCACUGGUUCGCGCGCUGGCACAACUACAGCACACACUGUCGUCUUAUUGAGGACACCAAGAUGCGUCAGGCUAUCUCGCAUCAUGAAUGGCAUCUCAAGUGGAAAGUUCUGGACUGUUGGCAGCGACUGCCGCAAAUACUGCAGCUGGAGAAGGAGACCGAGGAGCGUCGUCAGCGUUGGCGCAUGAAAAUCUGGGAGCUGCUGCCUGACUACAAGCCGCGCGAGGAUAGCCUCUGGUAGUUGAAUCACUUACCAGUUAAUUACAAGCUUUUUAUGG